ACUUGUACUUCUCCAACGUUCUGAAGGAGGACUCGAGGAACGACUACAUCUGUUACGCCCGUUUCCCUCACACUCAGACCAUCCAGCAGAAACAACCCAUCACCCUCUUAGUGCUCAACCACGGCUCCGUGGAGGAGAGGAAACCCACUUUCCUCAUCCCUUCUGGCUCCAGCAGCUCCAAGAUGGUGCUGAGAGGACAGGUCCUGGAGUUGGAGUGCAUCACUGAGGGACUUCCCACUCCAGAGGUCUCGUGGAGUAAGCUGAGUGGGGAGUUCCCUGACAAGCGUACCUCCAUCGUGACCUUCCAGAAGAUACUGCGUAUCGUGAACGUGUCCGAUGCUGACGCUGGCGAGUACCGCUGCACUGCCCACAACCACUUGGCCUCCAUACACCACACCAUCCGUGUCACCGUCAAAGCGGCACCGUACUGGAUCACUACCCCCAGGAACCUGGUGCUGGCCCCUAGAGAGAAGGGUCAAUUGAUCUGUAGGGCCAGUGGUACUCCCAAACCCACCAUCAACUGGGCCAUGAAUGGCAUCCCCAUAGAGAAUUCACCUGAGGACUCCAAUAGGAAGGUGGAGGGCGACACCAUCAUCUUCGACGAAGUCCAAACUGGAUCCAGUGCAGUCUACCAGUGCAACGCAUCCAAUGAAUAUGGAUAUCUGCUGUCCAAUGCCUUCGUCAACGUUCUCUCUGAAACACCCAGAGUAUUGACUCCAGCUAACCAGGUCUACCAGGUGAUCCGAAACAACCACGCCUUGCUGGACUGUUCCUCCUUCGGCUCGCCCAUCCCCAAAAUCACAUGGUUUAAGGACAGCCAGUCCAGCACCCUGGAAGGGGACCCCUACUUGCUGCAUGAAAAUGGGACUCUGGAGAUAUAUGUGGCCCAGGCCCUCAACAGUGGGAAGUAUAUCUGUGUGGCCAGGAACACUCUGGGCAUCGCUGAGAACCACGUCUAUCUGGAGGUCAAAGAGCCAACUCGUAUCCUGAAGCAGCCGAAAUACAAGGUGGCCCAGAGAAACAUGAACGUGGUGUUUGAGUGUAAAGUAAAACACGAUCCCACCCUCAUCCCCAUCAUGAUCUGGCUGAAAGACAACGGAGAGCUGCCCGACGACGAGAGAUUUCUGGUGGACUCUGACAGCUUGACCAUAACAGAUGUGACAGAGAACGACGCGGGAACGUACACCUGCAUAAUGAAUACUACUCUGGACCAUGACUCUGCCAGUGCUGAGCUCACUGUCGUCGAACAACCAGACCCUCCUACUGACCUGGAGUUGACCGACAUGAAACCCAGGAGUGUCCAGCUCACCUGGAUACCUGGAGACGAACACAAAAGCCCUAUUCACAAAUUUGUGAUCCAGUACACAGACUCUCUCCACGAUCAUGGCCACUGGCACAACCUGACACAUGUCCCGGGCAGCAAGACCACGGCCCACCUCGAACUGUCCCCUUACGUUCACUACUCCUUCAGAGUCCUGGCCCUGAACGCUGUGGGUCUCUCCGAUCCCUCCAACCCCUCCCACAUGUACAAGACCAACCCUGCAGCUCCAGAUGAGAACCCCAGCGGAGUUAAAGGUUUUGGAACUGAACAUAACAAUCUUAUGAUAUUGUGGAAGCCACUGUCAGGCCUCCAGGCUAACGGUCCAGGCCUGCAGUACAAGGUGAUGUGGAGACAGAAGGAUGUGGACAAGAACUGGACGUCAGUGACCGUGGCCAACGUCUCCAAGUUCAUGGUCUCGGGGACUCCCACCUUCACACCAUACGAGGUCAAGGUUCAAGCCAUUAACAACAACGGGAUUGGCCCUGAUCCAGCUGUGAUCACUGGACACUCCGGAGAGAACUUUCCGGUGCAGGCUCCAGACAGUGUCCGGGUCCUAGUGUUGAACAGCACCCUGGCUGAGGUGCACUGGGAGCCUGUCCCUCCGAAGACAGUACGGGGACACCUCAAGGGAUACAAGGUGUAUUACUGGCGUGAGCGGAGCCUCCACAAACACAACCCCCACCGUGUGGAGCAGCAGCUCCUGUCCUUCAGUGGGAACAAGAGUCAUGGCAUGCUCCCAGGCCUGCAGCCCUACAGCACCUACCUGUUCAACGUCAGGGUUUACAACGGCAAGGGGGAUGGCCCCGCCAGCUCCAACCUGCAGUUUGAGACCCCCGAAGGAGUUCCUGGGCCGCCAUCUUUCCUGAGGAUCACCAACUCUAACCUGAACAAUUUGACUCUGGAAUGGGGUCCUCCCAACGACCGCAACGGACACCUCACCGGCUACAUCCUUAAAUACCAGCAAGUCAACAACUCCAACGAGCUGGGUCCGAUUGAAGAGCUGGCCCUGCCGGCCAACAAGACCUCCGUCACGCUCCCCAAUCUCAAGUACAGCACACGCUACAAGUUUUAUUUCCAUGCCAAAACAGGCCAGGGAGCAGGGCCAGUCAUUACAGAGGAAGCCGUCACUAUUAUGGACGAAGCUAUGCCAUCCAGACAGGCUGACAUCGCUACUCAGGGCUGGUUCAUCGGCCUGAUGUGUGCCAUCGCUCUCCUCAUCCUCGUCCUCCUCAUCAUCUGCUUCAUUAAGAGGAAUAAGGGAGGCAAAUACCCAGUGAAAGAAAAAGAGGACGCUCACACAGACCCAGAGUUCCAGCCCAUGAAAGAGGAUGACUGUACUUUUGGGGAAUACAGUGACACUGAGGACCAUAAGCCGUUAAAAGGGAGCCGCACACCUUCUAACGGGACGGUGCACAGGGACAGCAGUGACGAAAGUUUAGUUGACUAUGGAGGUGGAGAUGGACAGUUCAACGAGGAUGGGUCUUUUAUUGGGCAGUACAGCGGAAAGAGCUCCAUCAGGGAAACUGCUGAGGCCCACUCCCCGGUUAACACAACCAUUGUGAACUCCUUUGUGUAGCCAGUCAACUGGUCAGCCAGGCCACUAGGUGGCGCUACAGUAUAUGCAACUUUUUUUGUGUAGCCAGGCCACUAGGCAGCGUUGCAGAUUCUUAUAUAUUCUUUGCGUAGCUAAUUAGACGUUUAUCCUCCCAGCCAAUAGGAGACACUGCGGUGACUGUUCCAUCCCCCCAUAUCACAGGGCAAUCACAUCAUUGUGUGGCUUAUCAUCAUCAUCAUCAUCAUUACAUGCCCCACCCAUCUGCACCCAGAACCACCAAUGAGAACCACCCUGCUGUCACAGACACAUAAGAUACACAUUGGAGAUACUAGAUACUCCUGGAGGACUACGAUUCUUAUACAGUGCAUGGAAAUCCUGAAAUGAUGUACAUACAUAUAUUAACAUAUUGAGAUUAACACUAAUUAGUAUAUUACACGGAAGACAUUGUCUAUCUUGGACUACUAUGCGGUUCACAUUUGUAUCAUUUACCAUAUUGUUUUUACAGUCAACGCGUUAUCUUGAUAUUAUUGUGUAUGUUAGAGGUGCUUUUUGUCUCUCAGGGCCACCAUAAAGAGGCAUUAAUGUCUUUGUGGACCUAGUGGUGAAAUGAGUUACUAAAUGUAUGGCUAUUAUUCUAUGUAUUUUUGCAAGACGGGCAGUUUGUACAUUUUAUACAGUUGUUGUUGCAGAAAGGUUGAAUUAACAGUCACAAAGGUAAAGGUUGAAUUUACAGUAACAAAGGUAGAGGUUGAAUUUACAGUAGCAAAGGUAAAGGUUGAAUUUACAGUAGCAAAGUUAAAGGUUGAAUUGAAGGUAACAAAGGUAAAGGUUGAAUUUACAAUAGCAAAGGUAAAGGUUGAAUUUACAAUAGCAAAGGUAAAGGUUGAAUUUACAAUAGCAAAGGUAAAGGUUGAAUUUACAGUAACAAAGGUAAAGGUUGAAUUUACAAUAGCAAAGGUAAAGGUUGAAUUUACAGUAACAAAGGUAAAGGUUGAAUUUACAGUAACAAAGGUAAAGGUUGAAUUUACAGUAGCAAAGGUAAAGGUUGAAUUUACAGUAACAAAGGUAAAGGUUGAAUUUACAAUAGCAAAGGUAAAGGUUGAAUUUACAAUAGCAAAGGUAAAGGUUGAAUUUACAGUAACAAAAGUAAAGGUUGAAUUUACAGUGCAGGAUUUUGUACAGUAUGUAUAUGCAGACAGAGAGCUCCUAAAUGUAUUAUUCUUCUGCUGCGAAUGCAAAUGCUGAUGCUAUACACGCCCUCAUGACGUCAUCCUCAUGACCUUUGACCUGCAUGUGGCCUCAUUUCCUGUGGUUGCAACUCACAUGAUCUCACCUGAUGGUGACCUUAUGCCUCUUCUUGUCAGAUGGUGACCUUAUGGCUCUUCUUGUCAGAUGGUGACCUUAUGGCUCUUCUUGUGGUGCGUGUGUCCGUGUGCACGUGUGUGUGUGCUGUUGUUGAGGGGAUAUUAGUCAUGCUAGGAAAGAGGUGCUCACUCGUAUGAAGUACAUUUGAGGUGACAAGGGUACGCAAGCUAUUUUCUUUUCUUAACUUGCAUCAAGUUUUACAUUGUUGUUGUUUUUUUUUUUACAGAAAUGUCGAUUAUUUGUUGAAUUUGUAAAUAUAUAAUUUUGAAUGUACAGAGAAACACAGCUAGAAGAGCUUAAUUAAAAGGAUGGUUCACCUAAAUUACAAAAUUUGAUGACAACCUGAAAGGAAGAACUGCAUGAAAUAGUUUGAGAGAGCUGUGUUCAAUAUAGGCUACUAUAUAUAUAUAUAUAUAUAUAUUUUUUUUUUUUUUCUUAGCUGUGAACAUUGUACUUUAUUGUAACUAACAGGACAAAAUGUUGCCCAUGAGUUCAAAUUGGAGUUCUUUUUAAUUUGUCAGCAAUUUAGUUGUGUAUUUCUGAAAUGUCACUUCUCUGUAUUAAAUGAAACCAUACAGUACUCAGUAAACAUUGAGAUUUAAUGUACUUUGGAGUGUUAGAUAAGUACUAUAAUGUACUAUAACAUUGUGGUUUUCUGCUUCGUGUGGGUUAUUCAGCACAAAGUUGCAAAACGGUUGUAUUCUUAUUCAAAAACAGUUGCAAGGUUUUUUUUACUAACAAUUUAUGUCUCUUUUCAUUUAUAUUUAAGUUUCUCCACUUAGUGCAAGAAUGAAGUGGAAAUAUAAUGAAUGAAUAAAAUAUAAUGAUCUGCUUUGA